CCUCUGACGGGCUGCGCGGCGGGGUUUCCUGCGCCGCCAUCUUGGUCGCGGCGGGGGGGGGUGGCAGGUCGGUGCGCCCGGGGAACGCUAUGGCAGCCACUGCCGCCAACCCGGAAAUGGCAUCUGAUGUUUCCUCGCUGGGUGCAGCCGUCGGCUCGGGGAACCCUGGACCGGGUGCGCAAGCUGGGGGAGCCAUCGUUCAGAGACCCAACAAGAGGCGUCCUGGGCUGGAUUUUGAUGAUGAUGGAGAAGGGAACAGCAAAUUCCUCAGAUGCGAUGAUGACCCGAUGCCAAACGACAAAGAGAGAUUUGCCAGGUCUGAUGAUGAGCAGAGCUCAGCGGAUAAGGAGAGACUUGCCAGGGAAAAUCACAGCGAGAUUGAACGUAGGCGAAGGAACAAGAUGACCGCCUACAUCACGGAGCUGUCGGAUAUGGUGCCCACCUGCAGCGCCCUGGCCCGCAAACCAGACAAGCUCACCAUCUUGCGCAUGGCUGUCUCUCACAUGAAGUCCCUGCGCGGCACAGGCAACACCUCCACUGACGGCACCUACAAACCCUCCUUUCUCACUGACCAGGAACUCAAACACCUGAUCCUAGAGGCGGCCGACGGCUUUCUGUUCAUAGUGUCCUGUGAGACCGGCAGGGUGGUGUAUGUCUCCGAUUCCGUGACUCCCGUCCUGAACCAGCCGCAAUCGGAAUGGUUUGGCAGCACCCUGUACGACCAGGUGCACCCGGAUGACGUGGGCAAGCUGAGAGAGCAGCUCUCCACGUCAGAGAACGCGCUGACAGGUCGCAUCCUGGAUUUGAAGACGGGGACUGUCAAGAAAGAAGGCCAGCAGUCCAUGAGGAUGUGUAUGGGUUCCCGAAGGUCUUUCAUCUGCCGAAUGAGGUGUGGCAACAGCUCAGUGGAUCCGGUCUCCGUAAAUCGUCUCAGCUUUAUGAGGAAUCGCUGCAGGAACGGUUUAGGAGCAGCAAAAGAUGGUGAACCUCACUACGUCGUGGUGCACUGCACGGGUUACAUAAAAGCCUGGCCACCCGCAGGUGUUUCCCUGCCUGAUGAUGACCCGGACGCUGGCCAGGGCAGCAAGUUUUGCCUCGUGGCUAUUGGCAGGCUCCAGGUCACGAGCUCGCCCAACUGCACAGACAUGAACAAUGUUUGUCAGCCAACAGAGUUCAUUUCCCGACACAACACCGAGGGCAUUUUCACCUUCAUAGAUCACCGCUGCGUGGCCACGGUUGGCUACCAGCCCCAGGAACUUUUGGGGAAAGACAUUGUGGAUUUCUGCCACCCGGAAGACCAGCAGCUUUUGCGGGACAGCUUUCAGCAGGUGGUGAAGUUAAAAGGCCAGGUUCUGUCAGUCAUGUUCCGCUUCCGAUCCAAAAACCGGGAAUGGCUCUGGAUGAGAACCAGCUCCUUUACCUUCCAGAACCCCUACUCGGAUGAAAUUGAGUACAUCAUCUGUACCAACACCAACGUCAAGAAUUCGAGCCAGGAGUCCCGGCCUGCUCUGUCGAACUCCCUGCAGAGGCCCCAGCUGGGGCAGAGUGUCAGCCUUCCCCUGGAGAUGGGCACGGCUCAGCUGCCCUCAAGGCAGCAGCAGCCGCCACAACAGACAGAGCUGGAAGUGGUCCCGGGAAGAGAGAGCCUGGCUGGUUACGACCACUCACAGGUUCCCGUUCAGCCUGUGAGCGCUGCUGGCCCAGAGCACAGCAAACCCCUGGAGAAGGCCGAGAGUCUUUUUAACCAGGAGCGGGACCCACGAUUCAGCGAAAUCUACAGCAGUAUCAAUGCAGACCAGAACAAAGCAAUUCCUGCCAACACCGUGCCUGCCAACCAGCCCCUCUUUACGCAGGGGAACACUUUUACCCCGUCGCGACCUGCUGAGAGCUUCAGGAGCAGCAACAUGGUGCCUCCUGUGAACAUCAUUCAGCAGCAGCCCUCGUCGGCCGGCCGCAUCCUAGCACAGAUCUCGCGCCACUCCAACCCGGCUCAGGUCAGCGGAACCAACUGGGCUCCAGGGACACGGCCAGCGUUCACGCCCCAGCAAGUGGCAUCCCAGACGGUGAAGACUCGGCCCCCUUCUUUCAGCAUGGGAAGUUUCCAAAGCACCCCAUCCUCCUUCAGCCCCAUGACAGCUCCUGGCUCUACGGCUUCUCCUACGGGAGCCGCUUACCCGAACCUGGCCAGCCGCGGCACGGGCUUCACAGCCACGGAGACAACGCAGACCCCAGCUCCGUUCCAGGCGCGGGCAGCCGAAGGCGUGGGGAUGUGGCCGCAGUGGCAAGGACAGCACCACGGCCCGGCGUCUGGGGAGCAGCACGUGCAGCAGCCGCAGCCGAGCCAGCCUGAGGUCUUCUCAGUAAGACGGACAUGCUGACAAUGCUGGGAGACCAAGGAUCCAACUUCAACAACGAAGAAUUCCCAGAGCUGAAUAUAUUCCCUUCUUUUUCCGAGUAAAAUAAGCUCUGGGGAAGUGAAUCAUAGCUCUAUAUCGUAUCCAUGUGUAAAGGAAAACACCUUAAGUCUUUAUUUCAAAGACUGCUGAACUUUCUAAACACUUCCUACCUUCUGGAGGCCAAACUGCCCGGCAGCCUGGAGGAGGGAGGGAUGGCCUUGCAGGAGGAAGAUGCCGUGGGUUCGGGCAGCUCCUCCGUGCGGUGCCGGCAGCGCGGGACUGUUUGCCCGGAGCCUUUGGGACUCAAGUGUGCAGGAGCAGCCACACUCACUGACUGAAGGCCCCGCGUUUCCGGAGCCGCUGGUGAGCGGCUGUGGUUCUGGG